UUUCACCGGAAGUAGCUCAGCUGCAUAAAGACGGAGACGUGCUGGACGGGCAGGUGUAGCAUACUUUUAGAACUCACGUCACUCACGCGCUGAUUUUUAUUGUCUUGAUUUUCUUUUUUAUUGAAUUCUCAGUUAUGCCUCCUAAAAAGACAGCAGCAGGCUCUGCUGAUCCUGCGCCUUCCUCCAGUGGUGCACCGGACAACAAGAACGUUUCAGUCGCUGCGACGCUGCGCAAACUUGCAGCUCAUCCAUCCACAGCGAUCAUGGUGAAAGAAGCACUUACAGAGUUGGACUCGCGUAAAGGGGUUUCGUCCCAUGCGAUACAAAGUUAUAUUAAAGAAAAAUACCAGUCAGUGGACAUGGUAAGGUUGAAGCACUUUGUCCGCAGAGCCCUGAAAAAAGGACUCGAGACUGGCACGUUGGUGCGGCCUGCCAACUCCAAUGUCGCUGCAGGCCUAUCGGGAAGAUUUAGGAUUGCACCGAAAACCAAAGAGGCAAAGCAAAAGGCUGAGAAUGAGGAUCCUAAUGUGACAAAAGCGGCCAAAGCAGCUAAGGAUGGAGCCAAGAAGCCUAAAAAAGCAGGUGCCACGAAGAAGAAGAAAGACUCUGCCAAUGAAGAAGCGUCGUCAAACGAUGAGGAGUCCAAGCCUGCCAAAAAGUCCAAGAAGGAAAAAGAGGCUGCUAUUGAGGUACCUGCUGAAACUACAUCCAAGGCUGCUCCCGCAAAGAAGCCAAAAGCUAAAAAAGCUCUAGAGAAGGUGGAUGAGGAGGCCGAUGACGCUUUUGAUUCGGCAAAGGCUACUAAAAAGCCCGCCAAGGAACCGAAAACUGCCAAGGAACCGAAGGCUGCCAAGGAACCGAAGGCUGCCAAGGAACCGAAGGCUGCCAAGGAACCGAAGGCCGCCAAGGAAACGAAGGCCGCCAAGGAAACUAAGGCCGCCAAGGAAACUAAGGCCGCCAAGGAAACUAAGGCCGCCAAGGAGAAAAAGGCAGGGAAGGUGUCUGAGGAUGCUAAGGCAGGCAGUGACGCUCCUGCUGCUAGGGCAACUGGGAAACGAGGAAAGAAGACUGCAGAGUAAAUUAUUAAAUAAUUGAUGUGUUAUACUGAUUGUUUUUGCAAUAAAAUCUUAUUUUUUGA